UCAAGGCAGUGACGAGAAAGGCUGGGAGUCAAGGGGAGCACGAAAUCCAAAUGGGCGCUGUGAACAGCGAACACGUCGAAGAAAGCAUCACCACGAAGGGGGUUGCCGCGUGGAACGCUUUGGAAAAAGCGGGCUUCGCGUCAUCCCUCUUUCGGGUCGCCUAUG